AAGAACAGACACAAUGGCCAAGAUUACCUAUUUUGAAGACAAGAACUUCCAGGGCCGUCACUAUGAGUGCACUGGAGACUGUGCAGACAUGCAGUCCUACUUUUCUCGCUGCAACUCCAUCCGUGUAGAGAGUGGCUGCUGGGUGGCCUACGAGAAGCCCAACUAUGCGGGAUACCAGUACAUGCUGCCCAAAGGCGAUUAUCCCGAUUUCCAGCGCUGGGCUGGAUUCAACGACUGCAUCCGUUCCUGCCGCAUGGUUCCUCCAUACAAUGGAAACUAUAGGAUGAAGAUCUUCGAGCGCUCUGAUUUCGGUGGUCAGGCGAUGGAGUUGAAUGAAGACUGCCCAGAUCUGCGUAAGAGAUUCCACAAUGGCGACAUCUCCUCAGCCAAUGUGAUGGAAGGCUACUGGAUGCUCCACGAGCACCCUAAUUACACUGGCCGGCAGUUCUUCCUGCGCCCCGGAGAAUACAGGAGGCACGUCGAGUGGGGCAGUCCAAGCCCUACCAUCGGCUCCCUGCGACGUGUCACUGACCUCAACUGAAGAUCCUAAAUAUGGCAAUCCCUUUCCUAAUGUGUCAAUAGCAGCCUGUCUAUGCCACGACUAUGUAUGACCUACAUUCACCUCAAGGUGAUAAGGUCUGUGAAUCUGUUAAAUGUAUUUGUGAUGUUGAGCUUUGCAUAAGAGAAAUAUUUGUCACCUUCUGCAUUGUUGACUGAGUAAGGCGUGUGUUUUAACAGCUCCCUUCCCAACAACUGAAAAUAAAUUUGAUUGAAAUCAA